AUGAACUUAGAAUAUUUCGAGGAAGAUGAUAUUAACAAGCUUAUUGAUAGCAUUAGCAUAAAUUAUAAAGAGUGUAAUAAAUAUGAUGAAUAUAUUGAAGAAGAGUUGGAAAGUGAAUUAGAAAACGAAGAGACUGUAGUAGAUAACAAAGAAGGUUCUGGAAAGAAUGAUGUAAAAAAAGAGCAAGCUAAAAACCCUAUAGACAAUAUAAAAAAUGCAAUUUUUCAAAAAAAAAAUGAAAAUAAACAUGCCACUAAAAAUGCUAACAAUUUAAAAUCGAGGCCUUAUCACAACAAAAACCUGUUCACUAAUAUAAAUGUGAAGAAAAAACGAAUAAAAGAAAGCAGUGACGAAUUCAGUGAUAACGAUAGACUAAGUUCAAUAAAAAAAAUAUCGAACAUAAAGAAAAAAAAAAUGAUAAAAAAGUAG